AUGGUGCGGACUAGAGCAGACAGUUUCCUGGGCACCUACAGAAAAGUGGUGGCUGCCCGAGCCCCCAGCAAAGUGCUUGGUUCCUCCACCUCUGCCACUAACUUCACUUCACCUUCCUGGAGGAAAGAAAGAGAAAAGCACAUUCUUUGCCAUUUGAUGACACAGAUGAUGAAAAAAAAAUAG